AUGGCGACCCCCGGCAACCUCUACGUCACAAUGCAGCCUCACGACGGCCUCUCGCUUGACCAGUUCCACGAGUGGUACAACAACGAACACGGCCCAACGCGGCUGCGCCUCCCGCAAAUCUUCUCCAACGGCCUCCGCUAUCGAGCCGCAGACGGGAAGCAGCCCGAGUUUCUCGCCGCCUACGAUGUCACCGACAUGGCGCAUCUCGAGACCGAGACGUACUUGACGCUGCGCGCAAACCGCUCCCCGAGAGAAGCAGCCACUAUUGGCCAGGUCGACGUGAAGCGGUACUUUUACGACUUGGUCCACGUCGAGGAGUCUCCGCUCUUUAUGCCGGUUGAGAAGUUGACAGAUGAUGAGGCAGAAGGUCUCGUGGCUGUGGCUACUGAAGUCACUCUCAAGGAUACCCCCCAGGCAAGCGACCUGUUCCGGAAGUGGUUCGUCGAGGAGCAUGUCGGCUUCAUGUCCAAGAUCCCUGGCUGGCUGAGAAGUCGUCUAUUCAAGACCUCGAGUCUCGAGCCCGACCAGCCCACAAAGUACCUGGCUUUCCAUGACUUUGCCAAGGAAAACGGACUUGACAAGGCACAACAAAAUGCUGCCACUUCUUCCUGGAGCAACGACGACUUUGAGAAUUCCGUCGCAUCCAGGAGCAGACGCAUAUACUCUCUCUUCUACACCUUUGGCCCAGCCCCAAGAGAUCUAGACAACUUGUCGAGGCUCCCCACAACAGCAUCCUUCACUUCACCAGACUCCAAGACAUCCACCGUUGCCAGCCCAACUCCCGUCAUCACCUCCUUCAUCACAACCCCAGACAACCUCUCCAUACCCUACCGUCUGGAAGGCAAUCCCUCCCCCGACGCUCCCACCAUCGCCUUCUGCAACUCCCUCCUCACCUCCCUCCACAUGUGGGACGCCUUCAUCGACAUCCUCAAGGUCAAUCGCCCUCUUCUCCGCAUCCUCCGCUACGACACCCGUGGCCGCCAUUCUGUUCCUCAGCCACCGGUCUCCGCCACUCUUGACACCCUCGCCGACGACCUCCUCACCGUCCUCGACGCUCUCCGCAUCCCCAAGCUUCACACCCUCAUAGGCGUAUCCAUGGGCGGCGCCACAGCCCUCAAAUUCGCCCUCAAAUAUCCCACUCGUCUCCAUCGUCUCAUCGCAUGCGACUUCAACGCCUCUUCCUCCCCCGCAAACUCACAAGCGUGGAAAGACCGCGUCGCCAUGGCCGAGCAAGAUUCCGGCCGCGGCAUCAAGGACCUGGCCGACCGCACCGUCGCCCGCUGGUUCCACCCCGCUUCCAUGGAGAAACCCGAGCUCGUCAAGUUCAUGACCGACAUGGUUGCUGAAAACGACGUCGAGGGAUUCAAGCACAGCUGCACCGCUCUUUCAGACUAUGACAUGAAGCCCGACAUGCCCGCUUGCCGCCUUCCCGGUAUUUUUGUCGUCGGAGAGGGAGAUGCAAACGGAGCGCUGGUAAAGGCAAUGGAUGGAUUCAAGGGCCUCUACGGAGACGGCACUGAACUCAGGAUUGUUCCCAACACUGGACAUUUGCCCAUGACUGAGGACCCACAGGCAUUUUGGGGAGCUAUCCAAGAUGUGGUAUACCAACUGUAA